GUCUGCCAUAGUCCCAAUCCUGCUCUAGCACCGCUGAUGAACAAACCUUUAGCUCUUGGGAUUGAAGGAAGUGCGAACAAAAUUGGUGUGGGUGUUGUGGAUGCUUGUGGACAGGUCCUCUCGAAUGUUCGUGAGACUUAUAUAACCCCCUCUGGAACCGGCUUCCUUCCGAGGGAAACAGCUAUCCACCACUCCAGACACAUUCUCAGGCUCGUGCAACGUGCGUUAGAUGACGCUCACGUGCGGUCUCUGGACAUUAGUGUGAUUUGCUACACCAAAGGUCCCGGGAUGGGCGCCCCGCUCUCCGUGUGCUGUACCGUUGCCAAGACCCUUUCCCUCCUGUGGGGGUGCCCAUUAAUUGGGGUCAAUCACUGCAUAGGCCAUAUUGAAAUGGGGCGUGUCGUCACGGGGAGUGUGAACCCGGUAAUUCUCUAUGUCAGUGGCGGGAAUACCCAAGUCAUCGCUUAUGCCGACCAUUACUAUCGCAUUUUUGGUGAGACGAUUGAUAUUGCCGUGGGGAACUGUUUGGAUCGUGUGGCACGGCUGUUGCAGCUUUCCAAUGACCCCGCACCUGGCUACAAUAUCGAGCAAAAAGCGAAGGGGGGAAAGAUUUUUAUCGAACUCCCUUACGUUGUGAAGGGUAUGGACAUGUCCUUUAGCGGGAUUCUCUCCUACGUGGAGCUUCUUUUACACCAUCCCCAAUUUGUCGAGAAACACCUCGCGGAGGCCUCGAUGUCAUCGGCACGAAAGCGUGGUCGGCACAUCCCAACAAUUCAGUUAGAAACAACCGAGAUGUUCAAUUCUGAGGACAUUUGUUUUUCAUUACAAGAGACCAUUUUCGCAAUGCUAGUUGAGGUGACUGAACGGGCCAUGUCGCAGCUCCAGUCACCCGAUAUACUGAUUGUCGGUGGUGUUGGAUGCAAUAUGCGUUUGCAGGAAAUGAUGCGACAAAUGGCCCAAGAACGGAAUGGCCGCUGCUUUGACAUGGACCAGCGCUAUUGUAUUGAUAAUGGGUGCAUGAUCGCCUACGCUGGGCUUUUGGAGUACUGCACUGGUGUUCGCACGGCUAUCCCGGAUGCCACAAUCACCCAAAGGUUUCGAACCGAUGCGGUGUACGUUGGAUGGCGUGACUAAGGGAGCAAUAGAAGGAGAUAAGUGUAGAUCACAGAUUGAACCUGCAGGCCUUUCUUCUUGUGAGAAUCCUUA